CCGGAACGUUUCGCUCGCUCCGCGCGUUCCGGGGGAAGCGGCGCGAACGGACCCGGCGCCGCCAUCAUGGCGGGCUGAGCGCGGCGGCAGCGCCGGACCCGCGGGCGGGAGGCCGCGAGCGAGAGAUUGAAACCCUAGAAUGGCAGGAGAACAGAAACCGUCCUGCAAUCUCCUAGAGCAGUUUAUUUUACUAGCCAAAGGGACAAGUGGCUCAGCUCUGACUGCUCUUAUAAAUCAAGUGCUGGAGGCUCCUGGGGUUUAUGUCUUCGGAGAGCUGUUGGAAUUAACAAAUGUACAAGAGCUUGCUGAAGGGUCUAAUGCUGCUUAUUUCCAGUUGCUGAACCUGUUUGCAUACGGAACGUACCCAGACUAUGUAGCAAACAAAGGUAACCUGCCUGAAUUAACAGUGACUCAGAAAAACAAGCUGAAACACCUGACGAUUGUAAGCCUGGCUUCCAGAAUGAAGUGCAUUCCCUAUUCUGUGUUGCUGAAGGACCUAGAUAUGAGGAAUCUGAGGGAGUUGGAAGAUCUGAUCAUUGAAGCAGUUUAUACAGAUAUUAUCCAGGGGAAGUUGGAUCAACGAAACCAGGUGCUAGAGGUGGACUUUUGUAUCGGCAGAGACAUUCAGAAGAAGGACAUCAAUAACAUUGUCAAAACGCUCCAGGAAUGGUGUGAUGGUUGUGAAGCAGUUCUUUUAGGAAUUGAGCAGCAAGUACUUAGAGCCAACCAAUACAAAGAGAACCAUCAUCGAACUCAGCAGCAAGUAGAGAUGGAGGUCACAAACAUAAAGAAAACAUUAAAAGCUACAGCCUCGUCGUCGGCACAGGAGAUGGAACAGCAGCUGGUAGAGCGAGAGUGCCCUCCACACACAGAACAAAGGCAGCCCACAAAGAAGAUGUCCAAAGUCAAAGGGCUGGUCUCCAGCCGUCACUAGAACAUACCAUCUAAAUGUCAUUCAGCUAGGAAUGACAAGAGGAGGAGCAAAAAAGGGCCUGCGUCUCCUUUUUCAGUGGAUUCUGGGCCAGUCCCCUCUAGGCUGGCAAAUAAAAGCCCUGUUUGAAUAUGGCUCACAGUUAGCAGCACCUGGCUAAGUUACACUGUGCAGCCCCUAUUAAUUUCCAGGAUGUCCCUGUUCUGGUCCUAUAAAGAGGGACUUCCUAAGAGAGGAACUAACUGAAAGGGGCAAGAAAAAAAAUUAUCUGUGGACAGUUUUGCUCCCUCCCAGCCAGUCGCAUUGCUGCUUAACCUUGAGGAAGCUGCUGUACUAAAUCAGAUCUUGGGAAAACUUCUGUAGUCUCAAUCCCAGGGUUGAAGUGUGGCUACCAAAGCCAGGCUGGGAGUGAGGAAGCCAUCAACAGAUCUUUUAAUUCCCAGAGGGAGCACAGAAAGGUUUCUAGGCCAGGAACUGCUCUACAUGGAAGCCUUCAGCCUUUCCACUACCCCUGUCUAUUUUAAACUGGGGUGAAAUUCACACUACCUCGCUCUGUGAAGAUGAGAUCCAGUGCUGGGCUGUUUACUUAAUUGUCUGUUUACUGCCCUUACUAAGCCCUUUAAUCUCUCACAGAUUUAAAGCACUGUUUUGCAUCUCAGAGUCAUCAAUACAAUAAGAAGGAAGCAGGCUGCUCUUUCAAGCCUUCUUUCUUGCAGGUGGUUAGGGGCACACUAGAAACUACUGUUCCUUCUGCAUGUGAUGAGACCUCUCAGAGCUGCUUGUGAGUUGUUUCCCCCAUUGAUACCUUCAAAGAGAAGGGUAAAGCAUUUGCUCUUCCUUGGAUGCUAGUGACAGAGGUCGGCAGAAGAGCCCGUUUAGCAUCGUGACAGGCUGGUGGCCCAGGACCCACUGGCAGGGGUCGCAGCAGCAGCAUCCCCUUGCUGAAGCAAUGGACUUGACUAGUCUUUACGAAUUUUGAACACUUUCAGGUUGUGUUUUCCUCCCUUUUUUUGUACAUUGUUGUGAUUCUAAAGCAUUUCAGCCUUUGUUAUGUGUUUGUUUUUUUGUUUUUUUUUUUAAUUUGUUACAGACUAACUUCAGGUGAUUUGCACCUAGUUUGGCAAGGUGUUUUUUUUUUUAAGGGGGAGGAUGGUGUUAGCAUUGAAACAACAAUUCACAAAAAGCACAUUUUAUAAAAAAAAAAAAAGUUAAAAUGUGUAAGAGUCUGGAGUCUUGGCUUUGAGUCUGCUUUAGGCUUAUAGUCCAACAGUGCUUGUUCGCUUGAGCACUUACUUGAUUGUUGAUGUUGUGCAGAAGGUCUGACUAAUCUCCCUGAUGCAUCCAGGAGGCAGGGACAUGCUCUUCCCAUUUUGCCGGUUGAUCAUCUUUGUCCAAAUUUGUGCAGGAAGAGCUGUAGCAAAGCCAGUAGCUGUGCCCAGUGUCCUGAGCCUAAACACCUUUGAUGCCUCAUUGUGGAAGGCAUUUAGUUGCACUUAGUCUUAGGCCAGUCAAUUCCUUCCUCUGGGUCUAGCAGAGUACUGCUUUAUAGUUUAGCCCUUGCAUUUCACUUCAUCCUGUAAAGAGAAGGAUAUUCCGUUAGCAGGCGGGGGAGCUGUUCAGAGGACUGUGACGAUGCUCCAGUCCUGCAGCCAGCUGCCACCUGCACUUCUUUGUGCGAUGCACGUGCCUUCCUCUUAUUGCUACCAGAAUUCUUUGACAUCUGUGUGUUUUCAGUCCUCGAUCACAGGACUUGUACACUUGUGACAUGCUAGCCAAAAAAAAUUCCUGGUGAAAGAUGUUAAGAGAGUAAGCUCAGAGCACAAAGCUGCCCCUGUAUCUCAAAAGAACUGUUUCCCAAACAGUGGCGGUACUAGUUUCUGUACUGGCUUCUCCCAGUGUUUAGCUGACAGCUUCUCGAGAGGCGUAGGUGAACUUUCUGUACCCGAGUAUAAUAGAUCUCUGUGAUGGGAUGGACUGAACCUGUUUCUGGUUUUCUGUGUGGGCAGCUGCAGUGUUCUGGUCAUCCAGUUCCUCACUAGACUUGAAUAGUGAGGAGAGGUUCUGUGGUCCUAACUGGCUGUUUUCUUUCCUUCCAAAUUUUAAUAUUGGUCCUGCAAAGAGGCUCAAGGAGUACAAAUGCCUUUAGAAAUUGUUUUAGCUUCUCGUCAAGCCACAGUCUGCUGGGGAAAUAGAUGUGAAAUUGGCAUCCCUGGUGUUUAUUCCCUGCCAGUUACUGGAGUCACUUUAGUAUACCGAAGCUUCUUUAGUGUGUUGGAAGUUUUAGUUUGUUCUCAAAGCCUGGCUGGGGGUGAAGAUCUUAUUUAUACUUCGGUACACAUUGCCUUUGAUCAGCAAAGAAGCAAGGGAGGAAACAGUGCUUUGAAUAAAGAGCUGACCCAAGCUUGACGACGCGAGAGAACUGACAAGGGAAUCGGAUUUUGGAGGGAACUGAGCUGUCUGCAUAUUUGGCUUUCUGGUGUGCCAGUGAUGUGCUUGGUGCCGCAAAAGAAGGGGGGUGUCUUUGCCUUGAGCCCAGUUUGAGAUGAGUCAUUAACAAAUGACAUGCACAAAGUACCUGGGGGAGGCAGACAGCUCUGCAGCAGCUGGUUAAUGAAUCUGGCUUGAAGGAAAGAGUUAGAAACUAUUCCAGGAAUGAAGCAGAAGGCAUUGCUGUUAACUGGGAAGGAUGCAGGAGGUGCUAUGGUGUUUGAGAAGGACAACAGAUAAGGACUGUUGGCUUGCUCUGUGACUGCUGGGAGGGCAGCAACUCUGGGCAGAGUUGUGUGAGUUAGAGACUGGUGGGGACUGAAUUGCAGACAGUUUCAAGUGGGGAGUGCCUGGGGAGCUUAAUUGUGCUAAGGGUACAAGAGGGAUAUGGAAGCAGAGGUGGAUUUAAUGCAAAUUCCCGUGUAUUGCAUGUGCCUGCUGGAGGCAGCUAGUACAGCUCAUCUGAGCACUGCUGGACUCUGCUCCCUCAUGUGGGUAGAGCAUCCUGCCCUGCUUUAUUUUAUGGCAGCAAUGGGCUGCCCCAGCUUCAGGUCUCUAAAAUUGCAGCAGGACAGAGUUUGAGCUAUUGAACUUCUGUUUUCCUCCUUCCCCCUGAGGGAGACAAAGUAGAUGGAGCUGCCUUCCCUCUGCUCUUCAGGGCUUUAUUGUUGAGCUUCAUGUUCUGCAGCUCCACUUGUAGUCGUGCUUGUUUAAUAUGGAAUUGAGCACUGAGCUGGAAAAUGGAAGAGAGGAUCUCAGUUGAUUGCAGUGCUGGUAGACUGCCCUAGCCCUAAAGCUGUACCUCGUGCUAACAAAUGUCCCUGGCAUUCCUGCUGUGAUUCAGUUGAUACCAGCUAACAUCAGGCAAUUCUGGAACAUGAUAAAGCUAUGCUGAUGUCAGUCCUGUUAUAGUAAAAAAGUUUUUGCUCAAAAUCCAUUGUUCUUUUACUUCCCUCCUCACCUCUGUAGAUAAGUUGAAUGCUAGCUUAGUCUUCUGUUGAGAGCAGGAGGGAAAACCAAUGAUGCUGACAGACCUUUCUUUGUUCAGAUUUGAGUCCUAUCCUGCAACUGAUAUUGUGCCGGCUUCUGAAAUCCCAUGGGUGCUUGUGGAGCUGCAUGCAAGCUUGCAGGUCUCUUUCCAUGGGUUGGGUACCAGAGUAGGACCUGCAGAGCUGCUUUCUGGAGUGAAGGUAGAGAAAGGGAAGCUUUUGUUCCCAUAGAAGAGAGUCUUGGUAAGAGAUGGCCAUUUUCCCACCAGCCCUGCAAAGUGAAUUUUGCUGAAGAACUUUCUGUUCCUGGAAAAAUGGAAAGUGAUACAGAAUCCAGUGGAUGUUUUUGGUUUUAGUGUUCUGCUUAUCAUGUGAGGGAAAAAUGCAUUGGUCUGUACAUGGAAAAAGGAGGCAGGGCUUGUUCUUUGCAGGGGAUGCAGAAGGGAGAGUGCCAUCAACUUUGAUAGCUGUAUUAGAAUGUAACAAAUCACGUGGGUAAAAGGGACUUUUCAUGAACUUUCAGUUCUGUACAGGUUUGUAGGAGUGUGUCUAACCUGUGUAGAGAGUCUGAUUUUGAAAACCGUGUAAAGCCCUCCUUCUCCUGGGGUGAAACAGUCAAAACAAAUACAUUCCUAGGUGCAGUGGUGCUGCUGUUUUACUUCAGUAUCUGAGCCUGUUGUAAACUUUGCAAUAGAGAUAUAUAGAAUAUUCAUUACUCUGAAUAAUGGAGAAAUAAAAGAACCCACCUCACAAGUAUCCAGACCCAACUAUCUACAUCCCUGGCACCUGCUCACAUACAAAGUUUUCUGUUGGUUCUGCCCCCCAAGUCCUUUAUAGCAUUUGACCUAAUGCAAGGGAACCAAAAUGUGAAUCUGUCUAGCUUAUUUUUGUGUAAUCUGACAGUAACCCAAGGGCAUCAAGAAAGGUAAACUAAAGUUUAGAGUGAUUUCAGUUCCUCCUCGUAACCUCAACCUUGUAUUUUUGUUACGGAAUUCUAACCUGACAGCCUGAUGGAAUUUCUCAGUAGAGAUUUUAGAAAUAUGUCAUUGUUUCACUCUGCUCUGUGGUGAAGGUCAGUGUCUUUCAGGCACCGUUGACAUUUUGCUGGUGUUUCAUCAAGUUUGGCCCUGCCACAGAGCUACCAGAGGUAAGUGAUUGAAGCUAGAGGUGUGUGCUCUGAGGAGAGGGCGUAUUUACUCCUAGCCUGAUGAGCUGUACCCUGCUUCUUACUGGCACUGUGGUGGUACCUCCGUCUCUGGUUAGUGAACCAGGCAAAGGGUUAGGCACAGCAGCACUUUGCUCCCUGUCUCUGCACAGGCAUGCAUGCUUCUUUUUCCCACAGCGUGUAGACCUUGCAGGAUGCCCUGGUGUAUUUGCUACAGGCUGCAAAUUGCCUGAGUGUGAUAGUUGUGACCAUGGCUUUUUCUUAUCAAGAAGACUACACGUUGUGCCCCCCUAGCAAAUGAACAUGCACACUGGAAGUUCUUAGGUAGUAAUAGGGUGCCGUAAUGUCGUUUAACAGUCCUGAAAUGUGUAUUUCCCCGCAGAGCACAGAAGAGUUCAUGCCGAUAGUCAUCGCUUGAUAUAAUUUUGCUAGAACAUAGGACACCCUUCCACAGUUCUGGGUCUCCUAUAGAAGCUUGUGAAUCUCAGUAUUAUUAGGACAUUUUUCAAAUGCUCAUGCACAUGUUAUACCCUGUGUUUCCAAAAGAGCUGAUUGUGGUGGGUAAGUGAAGCCUUGCGCCAUCAGAGAUUGUCCUUUUUGUGAUUAUUUUGAGUUUUUCGAACCAUAAGGCCAUAUCUUUAUGUAGUUUGGAAGCAGUGCUGUCUAGCCCUACAGACUCUUCCUGAAGAUGCUGUUGAUCUCACCAGCCCUGAUGUUACUGUCUCAUGAUCAGCUCAGUCCUAAGGCUGCCUUGUGCAGAUGCAAUAAGUAAUGUCUUGGUGUUUCAUUGUCACCUUCGCAGCUGUUAGAGAGCACCAGUUCCUACAAGAUCACCUGCCAGCUGUGAUGCUAUUCCUUUUACAUCAUGACUGUGAGAUGACACCUUUCCUUGCUGGCAGACAAGCCAGCUCCUUUCCCAGCCUGCCAGAGUCACGGCAGAAGUGUUAUUUACAAAGGCGGUUUGCAACUCAUUACCCUGGAUUCUCACUGUAGUUCAGCUGCAGAGAGCGUGGGCUUUUGCUGUGUGCCCCAACCUAAUGAAUUGCCUGAUUCGGUUAGUGCUGCCAUCUCUUCUGACAAGGUUAGUUGCUGACUGACGAGAAGGGGCCCAAAUUCAAUUCCCUUCUUGUUUUCAACUCGCCCUUGUGUCAAACGCAGGCUCCCUCUGGAAGAUGCCCUGUGAUCCCUUCCCUUUGUUUUUCUGCGCUCUGAGGGAAGCAGCCCAUGCUUGCAGAAGUCCUAGAGCAAGUGGCAGAGGCAUGUGUGCUGCUGCAUCCAGCAGUCCCUGCUUAAUGCCUCUAGUCCUUUUCCAGCUGGAAAAUUCCACUACUCUCCUGCUCUGGGGCUCUGUGCUUUUCUUUCUCUCCAUUGGUUUGGGAUUUGGUGUCACUGGAGCUGGGUGUUGUAACCCUUCAGCAAGAAACACCUUGGAAAAGUUGUAUUAAGGGUACCAGGGAAGAACAUGUGAUGUGGAUGGGGGGAACAGAACUGAUUUCCCACAACUGUGUCCCUGUUAUGGGAGCUCCAAGAUCUGCUCUGCCCUGUUUGGGCUUUGCAAGGCACUUGUACAACAGUGCUGGAGAAAACUCUUGUCCUUUUUCACUAGAGAGCAAUGUGCUUUUUCAGGCUGGGCCUAUGGCUCAUCUUAUGCUAGGAAUAGCUCUUGGAGAGGGGAAAUGAAGGCUGCUCCUAUGUCAUGUCACAAGCAUUCCCACUUGGAAGCUGAAUGUGACUCCUACUCAUUCAGUGGGUAGAGCAGGAAAUGCUUAGGUCCCGUAGGUGCUAGUUUGGCCUGAAUGUGGGCAGAGGAGCCUGGGACACACCCCCUCACUUCCAGGUGUGUGUAUACACCUCUGUGAAAUGCUGUUCUCCUAAUCCACUGUUGAGACAUCAGAUGCCACCUCCUUCGAAGGCUGCAGCUUGCAUCUAGGACAGCUCUUGCUGUUCAGUUAUGCCGUCUCCAGGCUGGGAUGUGGCAAAGGAGUUUUCCAGUGUUGGGCCUGGAUCCUUUUACUGGAUGUCACAAGGGUUUGACCUAGCUGGCCCACAAGGGAGGCAGUGAUGCGAGAUCAAUUUGUUUUCCUCUGCACGUGAGGCCUUCUCCCCUCUUAAUUAGAUUCCUGUGGCCCCUCUCUUUCCUGCUGGCCUUGUUUCCUACUGAGCCCCUGUCAGGGAAACCCAACUGUGGCUUUAUCAGGUGCUCGCUGUGCUCUAAUGAGCUGUUUCCAUUUCCCAUUCUGGCCUGUCUGACGAACCGAGGAAGGUGCUUGUCAGCGCUUUGAAAACUGACCUCUGCUCGCAAUGCCACUCUGCCCAUCAGACCCACUGGUCUGGCUGUGCCAUGUGGGUGCUAGAGUUGAGUGGAUCUGAAAGUUUUCCCAAGUGCUCUUUCACCCUCAGUGCUGCCUUCUCUCUUGCACAUGCACUCUCACCCUCACGUGGGCAUGAUGUUUCUGUCCCACAGGUGGGAAACCAGCAUGCUGAGGAACAGGGUGACUUAUCCCUGUCAGAGCAGAAGCAGCAAAGCAAGGAGACAAGCUGUUACCACUUCCCUCUGCACAGGGAGCCCUCGCUCCAGUCGUUGUCCUUCUGCCAAACCGGUGUCCUUUUGCAAUGAAACUUUGUCCUUUUCCUUGGACUUGCUCUUUUCCAUAAAGCCUGGUGGAUGGAAGGAACCUGUGCUUUUCCCCUCAGACUACACUGCAGAGGAGGAACAGAAAUCAAGACCAUGCGCAUCCUCAGACUGUGAUCUCUGAGAUCUCCUCUGACCUGAGCUCGUGUUGUGCCUCACAUAAGUUGUCAAAUUUGGGGGACUGAAUUCCUGAGACAGUUCCUCCUGCUCUGUUGAGGAGAAGCUCCCUGUCAUCUAGCAGAUGGUUUCAUUCCAGCUCUGGUUUUGCAGCAAGAAGCCAAAGCUGGAAGGGGAAUUGGCCCCACUUUAGUCGCAGCCUGGCACUCUGUGGUCACUACUCUGGCUUCAUGCUCAAGGACCAGGACCCUGAGGAGGAUCUGAAGAACUAUCUCUUUACACUGCUGUUCAGACCUGUGCAAGAUCUGGACAGUAAAUGAUUCUUUAUUGUCCCUUAGGUUUGCUGGGUGACAGUGGACAGUCCCCUCUGAUGGACAUCUCUUUAGGAGCUCCUGGCACAGCCCCUCCUUCCCUCUAAAGAUGUGUGGAGCCAGUAGGGUGGCCUUCACAAGUGUUGUGUUUGUCUUACAGAGCCCUGACGGUGGUUGCCAUUACCUAGGGACAUUUCUGGAGGGCUUUGGCUUACCCCGAGGCAGUGCACAAGCUGCCACCUGCCCGUCCUGCCUCCCUCCCAGGGUCUUGAUUUUGUUCCCCAUAGGCAACUUCUUACGUGGUCUGUCAGCUGCUGCUCCCCAUCCAGGUGGACUCUGGGCACCACAAGGUGGGUACCUGUCUCUGACGGAAACCUUACUCAUACAAAGCUAGAAACGUCACAUGCGCGCUCCUAACCUGAUGAUUUAGCUUUUGGGUGCCUGGAUCCUCUUGUUCUGUGAGCCUAAUGUUCUCUAACAGUUGGGGAGAAUCUGGCUGGAGGUUUCUAUGGUUUCCUGGUGGUUGCUAAGCAAAAGGAUCUCUUAGCCUCUAGGUCUUGGUGACUUUCUUUUUGCCCUGUCCUAGGCACUGGAGCCCAGCAGAACAUAAUGCUCGUUGUUUCCCAGCCCACUACAAUGGUCAGGGCGUAAUUUGUGACUCCUGUCACGGCUGGGCUGGGCGCCUGCCACUCUUUUUUUCUAAGGCCUCUUUGAAGAGUGAGACCAAAGAACCUUCAUGCUGAAGUUUGUGUGUUUGCUGCACUCCCCGCCCCCUUCCUUGCUGUUUCCUUUAGAGCUCCGAGUCGUUUUAACAAUUUAUUUCAUGCACUUUACAUAGCAAGAAGCUGUAGCAACAGCGGUGUCCGUGAAUCCUUACCAGGCAGCCCUCGGUAUAUUUUGGUCUGUCCGUGUAUUGUCCCAGGCACAAUUAAAUAAAUCUCUGCUGGAGGAAGGGACUUUACAGCUUAGCAGCGAAGGCCUGGUGAGUGAGAAUAUCAAGAAGAUACUUAGUGAGCUGCUGGAUCCUCAAACAACAGCAAUUCCGACAUAAAGCUCUGUUCCCACUAACGCAGCCAGGGGCCAGAUCCAGCGCGGUCUCUUUGUUGCUGUCAGCAGGGAACGCAUCUCUGUACGGUGCCCAGUGAUAAAGCUAUAGUUAUGGGAUGAAAUUUGGACCCAAACCCACAGCCUGGAAGCGGUUAAAAGUGGCCUAGGCCAAACGCUGCUCUUGUUGCGCUGCUAUCAAUGCGAGUCUAGGCUGUUGAACAUGAUAGGCUUAUUUCCAUGGGUGCCAUUCCAAUCUGGGUGAUGGAUGAGUUGCCCAAGGCCGCAUGCUGUCCCAGGGAGUUCAGUCGAGUCCCUCAGAGGCUUGCAGCUGCGUGCAGCACCAGGCAGGAUUCGGUCCAUAGGAGCAUCACAGGAUUGGGAGGCACAAGUUUACUUUUGCAUAUGGGAUCAAAGCUUGAAAUAUCAGCCGGCCUUUCUCUUGCUCCUGACUUUUCUAAAACAUCUGAACAAGUUCUUCUUUAACUCUGUUACAACCAGUCAAUCUGACAU